CUGCUGACGUGUACGUUGGGAAAUAGCUGUCGAGCUGUCUGUACACUGUAGCCACUAGCUCCCAGCACUUCCUCUUCAUCACAAGCCUUUGUCGUUGAUAGACCACUAUGAAAUCAUCUGAUUUGGUACUUACUUAGCUAUCCGCUUAAAUAAGAACGGAAGACAAACCAGGGCAAUUUCACAGUAGUUUUAUGAGGAGGUGUGAGUGACUUGCACAACAACAAUGGGGAAGAGGAGGGUGCCCGAUCUGUACAGAGCCCCGUUUCCCUUAUACUCCAUUAAAGUGGACCCUAAAACAGGGCUUGUGAUCACAGCAGGAGGAGGGGGGGCUUCCAAGACAGGCAUAAAGAAUGCUGUGCACUUCCUGGAUCUACAGCUGGUUGGAGAACACCAGUAUAGUGCCACUCUCCUUCACACUCAUGAUACUGACACACGAGCAACCAUGAACAUGGCUGUGGGUAAUGGUGUGAUUGCUGCAGGACAGGACGGGACCUGCAGUCUGAUGAGGUUUAAGCACUGCACACAGAAAGAGGAAGGCAAAGCUUCUGCUACAGAUGGAGGGAACAGUGUGCAGCAUAGUAAUGCCAGGCGACGAGCUGGGAAAGGAGACAAAAAUGGACGGGACGAAGCUGCAGCAUCUGGAGAUUCGUCAGAUAUGAAGGACAAGACGGCUCAUAUCUCUGUGACUGCUUUGGCUGAAGUACAGUCAGACCUGAACCCCCAGGACCCACUCCAGAAGGUGGUCAGGUUCAGUCCUGACCUGAGUCUUCUGCUGACAGGAGGCACAGACGGACACAUACGAGUCUGGGAGUUUCCAUCCCUGAAGAAGAGGUUUGACUUCAAAGCCCAUGAAGGGGAGAUUGAGGACUUGGAUAUAAGUCCAGAAAACAAGCACCUGGUGACUAUUGGCCGGGACUUUUCUUGCAGUGUAUGGAGCGGCAACCAGUUGGCUAUGUGUCUAAAAUGGCUUGAAACCAUGCCUCAGAUAUCUCAGAAGACUUACCGAUAUAUGUCUUGCAGGUUUGGAAAAGUAGAAGACCAUAAAGACGCCCUGAGGCUUUACACAGUCCAGAUUCCCCAUAAACGAGACAGAAAACCACCUCCUUGCUAUCUUACCAAGUGGGACGGCAAGAGCUUCCUGCCCAUGCUUACGACUUCCUGUGGCACAGAGGUCAUCUCCAGUAUGGCUGUGAGUGACACUGGAACAUUUCUUGGCCUUGGAACUGUGACAGGAUCAGUGGCUAUCUACAUUGCUUUCUCUCUGCAGAAGCUGUAUUAUGUACAGGAGUCCCAUGGCAUUGUUGUGACAGACCUGGCCUUCCUGCCCAACUCUCUGAAAGGCAAAAGUAUCAAAGGGAAUAAUGAAACAGCCAUGUUAAGUGUAGCUGUGGACAGCCGCGUUCAAGCACAUGCUGUCCCCAACCGAAGAUCCUUCCCUAUCUGGCUUGUGCUGUUCUUCUGUAGCCUCAUGGUGGUGGGAGUUGUCCUUCUCUUACAGUACCUCUUCCCAGGCUUUAUCUAAAUCAUGCAAGUGUUCGCACAAGUCUUUAAAUGACUUAUAUUGGCACUGUUAACAUCAGCAGUCCUCAGUCCAACAUCCAAACCUCCCAGUGCUGCAUCACAACUCCCAGUUGAGCCUCUGAAGGCUCUUCCAGCUGCGGCGCUGACUCUGAACAGCUUUUCUGGUGCCCUGACAUCGUCCUCCUCAGCUCUUACUCAGGGUUGUUCCUCUUAGAUCUGUAAACCAGUGAAAUUACAGACUGUGGGAUUUUAUUUACUUUGAUCUAAUGUUUUUUGGAUUCAAGUGAAGGGCUCAGGAUCGUAAUAUUUAAGGGGUGGGAUCUCUUAAUUGACAUGUAAGAAACAAUGUAAAAAUAUAUAAAAAAGUGACACAUAA